UGUCGCUCACUCAGCGCCGCUCACGACACGGAAAGACGAGCCGAUGCUCUCGUGGCCCUUCAUCCCAGGCCACUCGCUACUGGCCUUCCUCCUCGCCCGUCCGCUGUCAACAAUGACCGUGCUCGUGCCCCUCGUCGCAACCUUGUUUGGUCUGCUCACGCUCCGCGUGUCGGCCGCGAGUCCGAGCAAGCUCAACCUCGUGCCCUUCCCCACCAAGGCGUCGAUAGGUAACACAGUUGUCUGCCUCGGCAAGGACUUUGCAGUGCAGCUCGACGACACCUCUCCCCACGGCAAGACAGCACCAGGCGACCUCCUGGCCGCCAUCGAGCGGGCCAACACACAUGUGAAGAACGGGAGGCACCAGUACCUCUCCGUCUCGGGUGGUCUCGAGUUCUUUGAGGGGAGCCAAGGUUGCGAAAACUACAUCGACGCGCUCGUACUCUCGUUUGAGCCAGGAGCCGACUACGACUCGAUCCUGUCACACGCGACGGCACCAGUGGAGAAGAGGAAGGACGCAGAGGGCUACAAGCUGUCUGUCCCAACUGCUGGCCGAGCCCAUGUGGUGGCCGGAACGGCGCUCGGGCUGUUCCGCGGCCUGACGACGUUCGAGAACCUCGUCUACCAUGCCGAUGGCUCCGCUGUAGCCUCGGGCAGCACCCAGACUGCGUCGGGUCAGGUGCCCCUGGGCAGCAGCGUCACCGAGACUCAAGAGGACGUAGCUUAUGCGCCCUUCGCACCGUACGAGAUCGAAGACAAGCCCGCCUUCCCAUGGCGCGCAGUGCUCCUCGACACGUCGCGCCACUUCUUCAGCAAGCCCAGCAUCCUCAAGAUGCUCGACACGAUGGCAAUGGUCAAGCUCAACGUGUUCCACUUGCACAUCACCGACUCGAACUCGUGGCCCUUGGACUUGCACGAGUUCCCUCUCCUCGCACAGAAGGGUGCCUACCGCGGUCCACGGGUCUACAGCGAGCAGGACGUGCGGGACAUCGUCCGUUAUGCUGGAGAGCGCGGCAUUGACGUGGUGAUGGAAAUCGACACCCCCGGCCACACCUCCAUCAUCGGCGAGGCCUACCCAGACUACAUUGCCUGUCAUGACAAGCGACCGUGGACCAGCCGCGCGCACCAACCGCCGGCGGGGCAACUGCGCUUCGCCGAUACUGAGGUCGCCGAGUUCACCUCCAAGCUCUUCCAGGCGGCAAUGAGCGUCACCCAGAGCCAGUACUUUGGCACCGGCGGCGACGAGAUCAACAUGAAGUGCAUGGAGGAGGACGAGCCCACGAGGAGAAGUCUCUCUGAGAAGGGCUGGACCAUCGAGGACGCUCUGCGGGACUUCACGCAGCGCACGCACGCCACGCUCGCUGAGAAUGGCCGCACUGCGAUUGUAUGGCAGGAAAUGGCCAUCGCGUACGAGAACACGGGCCUCAACCCGAACACGGUCGUCGAGAUCUGGGUGGACAGCAACGACGCCCGCCGCGUCGUGGACAAGGGGUACCGGAUCGUGCACGCGGCUGCCGACUACUUCUACCUGGACUGCGGUCAAGGCGGCUGGAUCACUCAAGACGGUGGUCAGGGCAACAGCUGGUGUGACCCGUUCAAAACCUGGAUGAAGAUUAUCUCAUUCGACCCGUACAAGAACAUUGAAGAGUCGCAGAGGAAGCUGGUGCUCGGUGGGCAGACGUCCCUGUGGGCCGAGCAGACGGAUGAGGCCAACUUUGAGAGCGUUUUAUGGCCCCGCGCAGCUGCGCUCGCCGAGCUCUUCUGGAGCGGCGCCGGGCCGAACGGAUACCCUCGGAGUGAGUUAAAACACCUGUGUAACCUAACAGGCAGGUGCCCUGGACGCGCUUCCCCGCAUGCACGACAUCCGAUACCGCAUGGUGGACCGCGGGGUCCGAGCGGUUCCUCUGCAACCCGAGUGGUGCGCUCUGCGGCCAGGUGA